AUGUCAACACAGUCAUAUAAAAAGCAAGAUGCUUAUUCUCUAUCUUCUUCCCCCGAUAAAAUGGCUGUUUUCCAAGAAUGUUUACAACAAUUUAAUGCUACACCUGUUAAUGCUAAAAAAUGUAGACAAUUAUUAGCUAAAUUAUUAAGAUUACUUUAUAAUGGUGAACUGUUUCCAUCACAAGAAUCGACUACUUUAUUUUUUUCAAUUUCAAAAUUAUUUCAACAUAAAGAUCAAUCUUUGAGACAAAUUGUUUAUUUAACGAUAAAAGAAUUAUCUCAAACUUCUGAUGAUAUUUUAAUGGUUACUUCCUCAAUUAUGAAAGAUAUUCAAGGUAAUGAUGCUGUUUAUAAACCAAAUGCAAUUAGAACUUUAUCAAAAGUUUUAGAUCCAACUACUGUAACUGCUGCUGAAAGAUUAUUUAAAAAUCUAAUUGUUGAUAAAAAUCCAAUUAUUUCGUCAGCUGCUUUAAUUUCUUCAUAUAAUUUAUUACCUCAUGCAAAAGAUAUUGUUAAAAGAUUUUCAAAUGAAGUUUUAGAAUCUAUACAAUCUUUUAAACAAUUUAAUAGUCAUCAAUUUGAAUUACAUGAAUAUUAUGGUAGUGCAACUUCAAAUUUACCUUCAACUUCAUAUAUGUAUCAAUAUCAUGCUUUAGGUUUAAUUUAUCAAUUAAGAAAUCAUGAUAAAAUGGCUUUAAUGAAAUUAAUAACUAGUUUAUCUGAAGGUGUUUUAAAAAAUUCAUUAAGUAUAAUUCAAUUGAUUAGAUUCAUUAAUAAAUUAUUAAUAGAUGAUAAUUCUUUACAAUUAUUACCAAUUAUUAUCAAUUUUUUAAAACAUAAAAGUGAUAUGGUUGAAUUGGAAGCUUGUAAAACAUUGAUUAAUUUACAAAAUUUAUUAACAGAUGAACAAGAAAUGAUGGUAAUUGGUACUCUUCAAAAACUUUUAAGUGUUCCAAGAACAGCAACAAGAUUUGCUGCAAUUAGACUAAUUAAUAAAAUUUCAAUUAAACAUCCUGAAAAAAUUAUGGUUUGUAAUUUAGAGUUGGAAAAUUUAAUUAAUGAUUCAAAUAAAUCAAUUAGUACAAUUGCUAUAACUACAUUACUCAAAACUAGUGGUACUGGUUCAAUAGAAACAACUGGUGAAGGUGUUGAUCGUUUAAUCACUAAAAUGACUUCAUUAAUGGAAGAUAUUAGUGAUGAUUUUAAAAUGGUCAUUAUUGAAGCAAUUGAAAAUCUUGCAUUAAGAUAUCCAACAAAAGUUAAAAAAUUGGUUGGAUUUUUGACUGAUUUAUUACGAGAUGAUGGUUCAUUAGAAUUAAAAUCUACAAUUGUUGAUGCUUUAUUUGAUUUGAUUAAGUUUUUAUCAGAUGAUAGCAGUAAACAAUUAAUCCUUAUGAACUUGUGUGAGUUCAUUGAGGAUUGUGAGUUUACAGAGUUAUCAGUUAGAAUUUUACAUUUAUUAGGAGAUCAGGGACCAACAACAAGUAAUGUUUCAUAUUAUAUCAGACAUAUUUACAAUAGAUUAGUUUUAGAAAAUUCAAUAAUUAGAUCAUCUGCAGUUAUAUCAUUAGCUAAAUUUGCUGCUGUUUGUGGUGGAAUUGUUUCAAAAAAUAUAAUUAUUUUAUUAAGUAGAUGUUUAAAUGAUGUUGAUGAUGAAGUUAGAGAUAGAGCAGCAAUUUCAUUAAAUUUUAUUAAUCAUCAUAAGAAAAAUUUAAUUGUUAAUGAUUCAAAAUAUGAUUUGGCAGUUUUGGAAAAUAAAUUGAUAAAUUAUCUCAAUGAAGAAAAAUUUGAAAAUGAAUUUGAUAUUAAUGAAGUUCCGAUUAUAUCAAACGAAGAAAUCAAAUCAUUAGAAUAUAAUCAAAAAAUUAAUAAAACUGAAGUUGAAGAAGUUAAAGAAGAAGAACCAGAAGUUAAUAAAGCACAAGAUUUAUUAAAACAACAAGAAUAUGCUCAAGAAUUAUCAAUGAUAUUCUCAUUUGGUACACUAACUAAAUCAAGUUCAGUAACAUAUUUAACUGAUAAAGAAAAUGAAAUUGUUGUUAGUGUUGUUAAGCAUUUAUUCACUGAUGCUAAAAAAUUGGUUUUACAAUUUAAUAUUCAAAAUACUUUAACAACCACAAAAUUGGAAAAUAUAUCAGUUAUUGUACAACCAGAUAAUGAAGGAUAUCAAGAAGAAUCUAUAAUUCCAUUGGAAGAAUUAAAACCAAAUCAAACUGGUGUUUCAUAUGUUGUAUUUAAUUUUGAUGAAACUGAUAUUAUUGCAGGUUUUGGUAAUACUUUAAAUUAUAUAAAUAAAGAUGUUGAUGAAGAAGGUAAUGCUGAUCCAAAUGAUGAUGGUUGGUCUGAUGAAUAUCAAAUUGAUGAUUUUGAAGUUUUAGGUGGAGAUUUUAUAACUGGAUUAUAUGGAAAUUUUGAACAAAUUUUUGAAAAAAUUGAAAAUUCAUCAACUACAGCAAAAGUUAUUAGUGGAUCAUCUUUAGAAGAAGUUAUUGAAAAGAUUAAAAAUCAACUUAAUAUGCUGUUUAUGGAUGGUUCUGAAUUUGUUUCAAAAGAUUCAAAUAGUCAUGUAUUAAAAUUAUUAGGUAAAGAUGUUUAUGGAGGUAAAAUUGCAACUUUAAUUAAAUUAGCAUUUACUGGGGGUAAAAUUGUUGGUAAAAUUGAAGUUAAAACAGAAACAAAAGUUUUUGGUCAAGUAGUUUUAGAUAGUAUAUUUUAA